AUUCAUCGCUUAUUUUGUAAGAUUCUACACAAUAGAGGGGCGAUUUUAAUUUAAAGCCAUUGGAUCAACGCACAGUACAGUACAGAAUCCCUGCCAAGAGAUCUGUUCAGCAGCAGCAGCAGCAGGAGGAAACAGAGCUGUCAGCCUUUAUUUUCUACUACUCGGCCUGAUUAAUUCCCACCUUGGGAAAGAAAAACCCGAAGAAUCUUAUGUGUUGGGCUGGAUUCAGCUGACCUUUGCUACGAAAAUUAACUAAGUCCCUCGUGAGCUUCUUGCGCUGUAACCCGCUGCAUGCACUGAUACGGGAAGGACUUGAUUUAUAUUUUUGUACCAUAGUUCAGGAGCCAUUUAGAACAGGGUCAGAUCUCUGCACAACCCCUACUACUGUUUAAACAUGAGUAUUGAGAUUCCAGUCGGGCUGACGGAGCUGCUUCAAGGCUACACCGUGGAGGUGCUGCGCCAGAGGCCGCCGGACCUGGUGGAGUUUGCCGUGCAGUAUUUCACCCGCCUGCGGGACACCAGGAGCCAGGACGGGUCCGGGGCCGCCGCCAAAACCGGGGGGAAGGGAGUGAUGUUUGAUGGCGAGCCGAUGCAGACAGAGUCCAACGGGGACGAAGAUGACGAGGACGAUGACUCAGAUUUUGAGCCUCCUCCCCCCAGCAGAUUUAACCGGAGAGUGUCGGUGUGCGCGGAGGCCUUUAACCCUGAUGACGAUGAGGAAGAUUCUGAGCCUAGAGUUGUCCAUCCAAAAACAGACGAGCAGCGUUGUAGAUUACAGGAGGCCUGCAAGGACAUUCUGUUAUUCAAGGCUCUUGAUCAGGAGCAGUUUUCAGAGGUGCUGGACGCCAUGUUUGAGGUUCUUGUACAGCCACAAGACCACGUCAUUGAUCAGGGAGAUGAUGGGGAUAAUUUUUAUGUAAUCGAGAGGGGUGUUUAUGACAUAGUGGUACAGAAGGAUGGCGUGGGCUGUUGUGUGGGUCAGUAUAAUAACAAGGGCAGUUUUGGAGAGCUGGCCCUCAUGUACAACACUCCACGUGCUGCAACCAUCAUUGCUAAAGAUGAGGGAGCCCUCUGGGGACUGGAUCGGGCAACCUUCCGUAGACUCAUAGUGAAGAAUAAUGCGAAAAAAAGAAGGAUGUAUGAAUGCUUUAUCGAGUCUAUCCCACUGCUCAAAUCGCUAGAGCUGUCUGAGAGGAUGAAGAUUGUUGACGUGCUGGGAGUAAAAACUUUUCAGGAUGGAGAAAGAAUCAUCAUGCAGGGUGAUAAGGCUGAUUGCUUCUACAUUGUGGAGUCUGGAGAAGUGAAGAUUAUGAUGAAGAGUAAAACGAAAGCAGACCGACAGGAUAAUGCCGAGGUUGAGAUCGCUCGCUGCAGUCGAGGGCAGUAUUUUGGAGAACUUGCUCUCGUCACUAAUAAACCACGUGCUGCCUCAGCCUAUGCUAUAGGGGACGUCAAAUGCUUGGUGAUUGACAUACAAGCCUUCGAGCGCUUGCUUGGGCCCUGCAAGGAGAUCAUGAAGAGGAACAUCGCCCACUACGAGGAGCAGCUGGUGGCUCUGUUUGGAUCCAGUGUGGACCUGAGGGACUGAGACAGACUGGCCGUGCCUUACACACACAUACACACACACACACACACACCACACGACACAUAGGUUAUACACUCCGAAAACAUUUUGUAGGCACACAUUCCUUUUUAUGUGCACUCAUACUCCAGCCAACAUGCUCACAAUUUCAAAUCAUGCAACACACACACUCUCUCUCACACACACACACGCUUGCUGUCAUUGCGUCAGCUGCUCAGUACGAAAUAGAAGCAUUACCAGCUCAACCGCUGUGACCCUGAACCAACCACAGCCUGGAGAGGACAAACACACACACGCACACACACUCACUUACACCAAAAAUCCCCAGCCAAGGACCCAUCCUUUCUCAUGGUCACUUGCAGUCACAACAAAGAAACGAGAAAAAGAGAUAAAAGAAUCUAUGUUUAAACAAGAAAAAAAAAGUUGAUAUCUUUCAAUAAAAAAAAAACAAAAAAGUGCAAAAAUUUAACGUUUUAGAGCAUUUUAUGAGAAUGCGAGAGCUUUGAUAAACUUUAAAUAUGACCUGUUUCCUUCCCUGCUGUUGGUGCAUAAAGUUUUUUGCCGGUGGUAUGCACAGUGACCGAUUUUUCUCACUUAAGCUCCACGUUGUAUUGAUUAAUGUAUUACUAUUAUUAUUAUGAUUAUAUAUUAUUAUUUUGUGGAAGGCUGACUCGCUGUUACACCGCCCCCUAAUUGGAGGAUGCGAGGCCGAAUCUAGUGCGGAUAUUUUUUUUCCCCCUUAGUCUUUCUGAAUGAGUCGUCCUGAAAAAUAAAUAAAGCAGACAUUUUGGUAACCUGCUGGGACUCUUAUGUUGCGAAUGCGUGCGUGCGUGCGUGUGUGUGUGUGUGUGUGUGUGUGUGUGUGUGUGUGUGUGUGUGUGUGUGUGUGUGUGUGUGUGUGUGUGUGUGUGUUGGAAGGUGCGGUCUGUAAUUACAGGAACAGUGCCAUUUAAAUGUCAGGAAUCAGUUUUGUGUUCAUUCUCUUUUCAUUGGAGACACCAUACAAGUGUUUUUAAAAUGGAGUGUUAUUUUUCCUUUAGGGCGGUAGUUGGCUGUUGUUAGUUGGUUAACACCAUCGAGGGUUGGCUAGUUUCAGCAUUUACAGAUUGUACUUUUAAUAAACUUUGGAUAAAUCAGG